GAAGGACAAUACUUUAUGUUAUAUUUUCUGAAUCUUAAAUUUUUUGUCGGUAGUUCAUUGCAAUAUUAGAUUUCAGUAUGUACUGUUUAUAAAGUGAUAUAUUGAGUUUAAAAAAUAAACAUGGGGUUUUCUGUAAGUAACUUAAUGGUUAUUGCUAUGACUGUAGUCGUUGUUUUCUGCCAAGAUAACGUACCGGUUACAUCUGAAGAAAAUGUGGCAGUAUUAGAUUGGGAACAUUUAGCUGUGUAUGAAGGUUGUAAAGAGUCUAUAGGGUGUCAAGAUCAACUAGAGGCUGCAGGAUUUGUACUAAACUCAUGGGGAGUUAACCAUUUGGAAAAACUUACCGACGACGUGGAUUUUCUUCAGAAACCCCCAUCUGAAAACUGUGGUUUAGAAAAAUACAAAGAAUAUGCUACUGAGAAAAUUAACGAAAAGUAUCCGAUGUUUAGUCAACAAAAUGGGGUUGUGAUUGCUUAUUAUUUUGGUCUUGCAAUCAAUUUUUUAAACCCAGACAUGAUGUUGCCAGUGGAAACUUGGUGUAAUAUCCAUGAGAAGGGAACCUAUUAUGCUAAAGAAUUUUUGAAAAUUGAUAAUGAGCCUUAUAGGAAAUAUUUACAACGCAUAGCAAACAAUACAGGUUUAUCAAAACAAGAACAGACUAUUGUUUAUCGUAGUAUUGAUGUUUGUUAUGGUGAAUUAUUUAAUUAUUCAAAGAGAGAUAUACAUGAUAAAGUUAAACGUGGAUUUAGGAAAAUAUACAAAAAAGUCAUCAUGGACGAAAACCGUCAUAGUGUACAUGCAUUAAGUUUUUGCUCUAUUAACGCUUGUUACGAAACAUUAAUAAAUGCUGGUUUUUUGGAUGUAUCAGCUAAAGAGAAUAUUAAAGAAGUCAUGCUUAAACUUAACAUAAGACAAACGUCUGGAUAUGUAUUUGACUUUUAUCAAUACCUGGAAGGCAUUCGUAAAGGAUCAACUGACAUUUAUCAAAUAGUAAACCCUCAUGACAGUGAUAUUGAAAUUAAAUGUGGAUAUCUAAGAAAUUGGUGCAGUGUUCAAGUUUGUCAAGCUGAUUUAAGGGAUGCCGGUUAUAUACAUGAGCAUGCUACGGAUAAUUACCUUUAUGAAUAUAAUAGAAUAAAUGACUUAACUCUUGUUCCCGGCAGAAAAAAAGAUGAUUUUGAAAAACGUUAUCAUUUGUCUCCCGAUGGUAAACCACGGAUUGUGUCUGUAUUUGUCAAAUAUUUCUCGCUGCAUUUGAGCUUCACUUUAAAUAAUGAAGCUCAUGACGCUUCACAUAAAAGUUAUCUAUUCAUGAAAGAAAAACUAUCAAACGAAAGGUCAAGAAGCCCACUGGAUUUUUGUAAAGUCACUGCUUAUGAGAAUUAUAUCACCAAAAAAGAAACCAAACCAGAGGAAUAAAAACGAAACUUUAUACGUAUGGCCAUAUAUGUAUAAAUUUGAAUGUAUAACUUAUAUUUUAAUGUAUCUCUCACGUGAUGAACUUCUCUAUCAAGAGAAUAUUAUUACAAUUGAAUUUUAUUUUCAUAAAAUAUGUAUGUCAAUCUCAUAAGUGUACUUUAAUAUUAUGCACCUUAUUGUUCAGUAUGCAACAUAAAAUAGAUUGUACGGAUAAAAGAAUUAUGUUUAGGUUAAAAAAAAAAUGUGUACAUCGUACCUAUUAAACUAUAGAUAAUCUUAAAAAUAAAAAUCAAGGGCCAAAAAUAUUUGUACGGCUGCACCUA